AUGAUGGAAGGUAUCCAAACAACCGAGGCUGCUCAGCCUUACUCGAGCAUGACUGGAAAGCUGGAUCCUAGACUUCUCAAGGCCCUCAACGUCAUGGGCUUCAAUGACAUGACGCCCGUCCAACACCGUGUUCUGACUGAGCUCCCCACCUGGCGCAGUGAUUGCCUUGUUCAGGCGAAGACUGGUACAGGAAAAACACUUGCUUUCCUUCUCCCUGCACUGCACUGCCUGCUCAACGGAAACACACCCCCUAAGGGCAAAGUCGGCAUUCUGAUCAUCACACCUACUCGAGAGCUUGCACAACAAAUUGCCAAGUCAUGUGACCAACUAACAUCGCAGCUGGAAGCGCGUCUUGAAUGCCACAUCGCUGUGGGCGGAACUGCUCGAGCCUCUGCUCACACUGCUUUCAUGAAGGGCUCGCCUUCCAUCCUUGUGGCCACCCCGGGACGACUGACCGACUACCUCUCUGAAACUCCAACUGCCAAGAAGCUUUCCAACAUCCAGACUCUGGUUCUGGACGAAGCUGACACCAUGCUUGAGAGCGGCUUCAUUGCUGAUGUCAAGCGGAUUCUCCAGCUGAUUCCUCAAAAGAGCACCGGCUGGCAAGGAAUGUGCUUCUCGGCCACUGUUCCUCCCAAGGUGAAGGAUGUGGUCAACGUUGUGCUUAGAAAGGACUACACUAGCAUUUCUACCAUCGACCAGAAUGAAGCACCCACACACGAGAGAGUGCCACAGUACUCCGUGCUGAUGCCCUCAGUCAAGGAUACCUUUACCACACUUGCCGCCCUCCUCAAGCACGAGAUCAAGAAGAACUCCAAGAAAAUCAUCGUUUUCGGAGUCACUGCACACAUGGUGGCUCUUCUCGCAGGAGUUUACUGCAAGGGCAUGGUUCAUUUGAAGGUGUUUGAGAUCCACUCCAGACUCAACCAAGGUGCUCGCACAAGAACCACCAACCAAUUCAAGGAGGCAGAUUCCGGAAUCCUGUUCGCGUCAGAUGUUAUCGGUCGUGGAAUGGACUUCCCCAACGUCGAUCUGGUUAUUCAAGUCGGUCUGCCUUCCAACGGCGAGCAAUACGUUCACCGUGUUGGCCGUACUGCUCGCGCUGGUGCCGACGGUCGUGCCAUCAUUCUUUUAACCGAAGCCGAGUCUUUCUUCAUGAAGAAUAACCGUCACCUUCCCAUCAAGACCCACCCCGAUUCCGAGGCCAUCAAUGCGGCCGCUCCGGCUUGCUCUAAGGCUGUUCUGGAGGCCAUGUACACCAUCGAGGAAGAAUCCAAGCAGCGCGCAUACUCAUCCUUCAUUGGUUUCUUUGCUGGGUCCGGUCUCCUCCGACAACUCCGCCUCGACAAGGCCGGUUUGGUUCAACUUGCCAACGAAAUGGCUGUUAAGGGUAUGGGCUGCCCCGAGCCACCCCCAAUGGACAAGAAGGUCAUUGGAAAGAUGGGCUUGAAAGGCAUCCCGGGAUUCACCUACGCCGACCCCAACGACUCCGACCGACGGGCUGGUGGCCAACGCAGCCGUUCUCAGAGCGGUCGGGGUAGAAACAAGAGCCGCGAUGCGCUCAGCCCUGGAGCUGGUCGCGCUGACCGAGGUGGUGUCGAGAAGAAGCGCGGAGGCGGACGAGGCCGUGGUGGCCGUGGAGGUGGCCGUGGAAAGCCGAGAUCUUAA